AUGUCUGCCGUGUUUAGCAACUCGACCCUAAACACACUCAUCAGAAGUGACACCUUCAAGGACACUUUUGACAAUGUCGUUAAAUUCCAACCUCAAUUGUCCAAGUUGGAGCAAAUCUGGGCCAGUUGGUACACGUACAUGAACAACGAUAUCCUGGCCACCGGGUUGAUGUUUUUUUUGCUACAUGAGAUCGUAUACUUCGCCCGUUGUCUGCCAUGGUUCAUCAUCGACCAAAUGCCUUACUUCAGACGCUGGAAGAUUCAACCAACAAAGAUCCCAUCCACUAAAGAACAACUGUACUGUCUGAAAUCCGUCGUCUUGUCCCAUUUCCUAGUCGAAGCUAUCCCCAUUUGGACUUUCCACCCAAUGUGCGAAAAGUUGGGUAUUACAGUCAGAGUACCAUUCCCUUCCAUAAAGAAAAUGGGGUUGGAAAUCGCUCUGUUCUUCGUCUUGGAGGACAUGUGGCAUUACUGGGCUCACCGUCUCUUCCACUACGGUGUCUUCUACAAGUACAUCCACAAGCAACACCACAGAUACGCUGCUCCAUUCGGGCUUUCCGCUGAGUACGCCCACCCUCUAGAGACCAUGUCCCUUGGGUUCGGUACCGUCGGUAUGCCCAUCCUGUACGUCAUGUACACCGGGGAAUUGCACUUGUUCACUCUGUGUUUAUGGGUCGUGUUGAGAUUGUUCCAAGCCGUCGACUCCCACUCAGGUUACGACUUCCCAUGGUCCUUGAACAAGUUCUUGCCAUUCUGGGCAGGCGCCGAGCACCACGACUUGCAUCACCACUACUUCAUCGGGAACUACGCCUCCAGUUUCAGAUGGUGGGACUACUGUCUGGACACCGAGGCUGGUCCAGAAGCUAAGGCGGAGAGAGAGGAGAGAAUGAAGUUGAAGGCCAUGAACAAGUCCAAGAAGAACGUGUGA